CGGGCGGCCUCUUGGUGCGCAAGGAGGGCGCCGUGGAGGCGGAGGUGCUGACGGCGGUGCGGACUUGCCCGUGGACUGCAAGGGCAACAUGGAAGUGAAAGAUGGAAAUGCAGCCCUUCUCAGCAAUUAUGAGGUCUACAAAUUGUUGACCGAUCUGAAGCAGCAGUGCAAAGAGCCUGGGAAGAGCAAGCAGAGUGUUGCCCAGCAGAAUCUGAACACAAUCACGUAUGAAACACUGAAAUACAUAUCAAAGACACCAUGCAAGUUCCAGAGUCCUGAGAUUGUAAGAGAUUUCCUCAUAGCACUGAAAAAUCACAAGCUAACAAAGGCAGAAAAACUGCAACUACUCAACCACAGGCCUGCAACUGCUGUUGAAAUCCAGCUGAUUGUGGAAGAAAGUGAAGAGAGGCUUACAGAAGAGCAAAUUGAAUCCCUUCUCCAGACAGUCACCAGCAUGCUUCCUGGAGACCCGGAACAAGAGCAGGAGGAGCAACCCAUGGUUGUGGAAGAGGAGGGGAGCCUAACAUAGGAGAAGUAUAAACAAACUGCAGGAGACCUCCUUCCCCAUUUUAGAAUCUGGAAGGAUUGGCCAAAUUCUUCAUUUGCUAUGAGAAUCUGCAGAUUUCCCACUGUCUCCAUGAUGACUUCGCAGUGUUGUUACUAUAUGUUUUCCAAUUGUUUGUACAUCAUAGGGGAAUUAUUAUUUACAUUAUAAACUUUUAAAGGAAAAAACAAGCCCACUCUUUUUUUUAUGUUUUGUGUAUUGUAAGUGCAACAUGAAUCGGAAGUUCAUCCCAGGGCAAAUGCUACUGUUGACUUCACAAUUUUCAUGCUUCUCUAUUGUGAUAUGAAUCCUGAAUUCAUCACAAGGCAGAUGCUACAGUUGGCUUCACAAUUUUCAUGCUUAUCUACCUGGAAAGUUUUACACAUCAAUAGGACAAACGUUGGCGUUAUGGACUUGUUCAUUUAUUAGGAAAGUGCAUUCCAAUUUUCCUGUUAUUACUAAAGGGUAUCACAUAUAAAGUAGCAGAUCAUUAAUAGGUUAACAAUAGCCUAUCCAUUACCGUUGUAUGUCAGUCAUAUGACUGACCCGAUUUUGCAACCUUUUUGCAGUUAAGCAAAGCACUGUAUUCGUUAAACAAAUCUAUGGUAAUUAAGUGAAUCCAUGGUUGUUAAACAAACCAAUGGUUUACUAUGGGCGUGGUUUUGCCAAAAACUAGAAGAGCCAAUUUUGGCCAAAACUCUGUAAAACUGGUUUUCAUGUGACCACAGGAUGCUGCAAAUGGCUAUGAAUACAGUCAUAUUGCCAAAGUUUGUCAUGCAAUCACAGAGAGGACUCAACCAUUGGAACUUUGAAUUUGGGUUGUUAAGUCCCCUUUUCAGGUUGGUCAUAAUUUUGAAUGGUUGCUAAGCAACCUGUCGUAAGUCAAGGACUGCCUGUAUGUUUUUCUUUCCUUUGUUUCUCAGCUGAGGCUUUCACUCUUCAUUGGGUCGACUCACACUUAGUUCUUAGCCAUAACAUGUCCACUAUCCUUUUGGCAGAUGUAAACCAUGGUCUGGGAUCAGUUUUCUGGGCAAACACAGCCAAUUCCUAAGGAAACCUAAAGGCAUAUUGUUUAGUCAGUGCCCCUCUGUCUUCCUCCCUCACUUUCAUUGUUCUACCGCCAAACAUCUGUCUAGUAGUCUGUAUCUUCCCAAUAUUUGGGAGAUUGAAAGAAUCCAGUAAUCAAUGGCGAGAAGGAAUUGUAGUCCAAAACAUCUGGAGAACAUCAAGUAUCUUUGCCGUGUUCAGUUUUUGAGUGUCCUGGGCACCUUCCUCCUUAGAUUUACUUGCUUGGACAUAUCAACAAAUCUAAAAAACAAGAAACCUGCUUUAUACUACAUUACUUUAUGCACAUAUAAAUAAAAUGGGAGUGUCUGGCCAACCUUUCCAAUGCAGUGCUGAACAUCUACUUAACUCCUGGUAGAAUACCAUCAAUUUUUUUGAAACGUGUGUUUUAGGUUUGUGAAAAGUAUAUAAAGAAAGAAACACAUAGGAAAAAUAAGUGUGUUUCAGUUUGAGAUAUGUAUUCUUUUUUUUAGGCAAAAGAUACUUUCAGGUGCUGAAACUCCUUAAAAGGAAACUGGGUGGUGAAUGAUUAUAGCUGCAGGCAAGCAAAUCCCUAAAAUAACUCAAUCUUUGUUCAAAGCUCCUAUUUGCUCUUCUGCAGAUGUGCCAGAAGAUGAUGAGAUUUGUACAUAAGCAGUUCUAUCCUUGCUUCCUGUUCUGUUCUCUUCCUGUUCUGUUAGCUUGGAAACGUGGAAACGACAAGUGUCCUUCACCAGUUCGGGGCUUCAAAUCCACAGGGACUGCAUGGCUUGUAAAUAAAUUUAAAUUGGGCAGAUUCAAACAACAUGUGCACAAUGACUUGAUUGAUAGAUCUUGAUAAGUGGUAGUGAGAGAAUACAUGAAACCCUUAAGUCCACCUCUAAACACAGUAGCCAGAAAUAAGUGGUGUGGUUGACCAUUUAAGUCAAGACAAAGGAAAAUAUUGUAAAUCCUGAUUUAAGCAUAUCUGUUUGGGGGUGGGGGGAGUUGUUUAAAAAGUCAAAAGAGGAGAGCCAAGACUGUAUGUUUGAAGCUCUGUCUCUUGCAUAAUUGUAAGUCUAUGGUGGCCCCCCAAAAAUCAGAAGUCUGAUAAGAACUUUUCUGUCAAUUUUUAUUAAGUGAGACAAGUAGUUCUUGGCUUAUGACCACAACUGGGAUCAGAAUUUCCAUUGCCAAGCAAGUGAGUUAAGUCCAAUUUUGCCAUGAUCAAAAAGUGUAUCACUGCAAUUGUUAGGCAAAUCAUGCAGUUGUUAAGUGAAUCCUUUUUCCCCAUUGGCUUUGUUGUAAACCAACUGGGAAGAUUACAAAUGGUGAUCCUGGCUAUAAUUCAACCAUCAUAAGUGCAUAUGGGUCAUCAAGUGCCCAAAUUUUGAUCACAUGACCUGGGGGAUGCUGCAAAGGAUGCAAGUACGAAGACUGGUUAUAAGUCACUUUUUUCAGUGCCACUAUAACUUUAAACAAUUGCUAAAAGAAUGAUUGUAAAUCAAAGACCAUCUAUAUACUUAAGCUGUAGUUCACAAAAGGUUAUACCUUUUAAUGCAAAUCAGCUAGUUAGAAAAGUUGCUAUGAGGCUCCUGGUUAUUAUUAUUGUUGUUGUUGUUGUUAUUUGCCAUUGGGGCUUCUAAGAUACUUUACCAACUCAACCAGUUAAGAUUAAGUCAGUAACAUAUGCAUUGAUAAAUUAGAUUGAUAUCCUCACUGAAUUAUUACUUCCCCUAGUUCACAAGCUUGUUGGGGAAAAAUUGAAGAAGGAAGUAUAAAGAAAGAUGGGAUAUAAGCAAGCAAAUUAUUGUACAAAAAUCCUACUGAUAUAAUUAGUAUUUGUGAGAUAGGCUGGCCUUGAAAUAAUGAUUGGUCUAAAAUCAUUCUGAGUUUCCAUAGCUAAAGAUGGAUUUUUCCAGUAUAAUGACCACUAUACUAUAUUGGCUCUCUUUUAAAGCUAUACUCAUUUAACAUUGGUGAACCAACUCACUUGUUUUUAAGAUUCUUGACUGAAAGCCUUAUAUUUCAAACAGAUUUUUCCCAACACAUAAAUCCCACCUCUAUCAAAUGGACAUCCAUUCUCAUGACUAAUGGCUUUAACACUGGUAUAACUCUUGAGUUCA